UAUGAGUCUUCACGUGGUUGAUCCUCAAAGACAACAUAAUAACUCAAUCUCGAGAGUAAGUUAUAAACUUACCAAGUCAUGGAUCACCACAUCUAUCUUCAUUUUCGUCUUCUUCAUCAUCCUCCUUGGUGCUUCUCUAGGCUGGAUGGAUUUGUUUUUAUUGAGUGGAAGUAGAAUCAAAGUGACACCAAUAUUCUCAAGAAACACCAACGUCAAUAUUCCCAAGAACACACUCACUCCACCACUCAACUACACAUUGCAAUGCUCUCUAUACAAGAACAUAACAAAACAAACGUGUCCUGCAAGCUACCCGGAGAAAGCGGACCCUAAGGACGAUCCAGAGACUUGUCCAGAUUACUUCAGGUGGAUCCACAAGGAUCUUGAACCAUGGCGUGAGACAGGAAUCACUCGAGAGACGCUAGAGAGAGCGAGUGAUAAAGCACACUUCAGGCUAAUUAUAAAAGGAGGAAGAGUGUAUGUGCAUCAAUACAUGAAAUCAUUUCAGACAAGAGAUGUUUUCACAAUAUGGGGAAUAGUUCAGCUUCUAAGGAUGUAUCCUGGCCAAGUACCUGAUCUUGAGCUUCUCUUCUUGUGCCAUGACUUUCCUGAAAUAUGGAGAAGAGACUAUAGGCCAAGACCAGGAGUCAAUGUGACGUGGCCACCUCCUCCACUCUUCCAUUACUGUGGCCAUGCCGGUGCUUUCGACAUUGUCUUCCCCGAUUGGAGCUUCUGGGGAUGGCCGGAGAUUAACGUAAAGGAGUGGAACAAAUUAUCGGAGGCAAUAAGUGAAGGGGCUAAGAAGGUGAAGUGGGAAGAGAGAAAACCUUACGCAUAUUGGAAAGGGAAUCCUGGAGUUGCCAAGCUCAGAAGAGACCUCAUGAAAUGUCAUGAUCCCAUGGUUCAUCUCUAUCAUCAGAAUUGGAGGAGAGAGGGCAGGAUUGGGUUUAGGACUUCAAACCUAGAAGAUCAAUGCACCCACAGGUACAAGAUUUACGUAGAAGGAAGGGCUUGGUCGGUGAGCGAAAAGUAUAUAUUAGCUUGUGACAGUAUGACUCUUCUUAUAAAGCCAUUUUACUUUGACUUCUUCACUAGAAGCUUAGUUCCAAUGGAACAUUAUUGGCCUAUUAGACCUCGUGAAAAAUGUAGUGACAUCAUCUUUGCCGUCCAUUGGGGCAACAACAAUACCAAAAAGGCGAAAACUAUAGGGAGAAAUGGGAGUGAGUAUGUACUUAAGAAUCUACAAAUGAAGUACGUGUAUGACUACAUGUUGUAUCUAUUGCAAAGCUAUGGGAAGUUGAUGAACAUGAAUGUACAAGUGCCUGAAGGAGCCAAGGAAGUGUGUUCGGAGAUAAUGGCGUGUCCGAUCAACGGAGGUCGAGUGAGACAAUGUAUGGGCGACUCAUUGAUUAUGUUUCCGAGCGUUAAGGGCGCUUGUGAGAUGCCUCCACCAUUUGAAGAAGAUGAGCUCAAGAAGUUUCUAGAGAAGAAAAAAAGUGUUGAGAAGGAAGUUGAGAAGUGGACUAAUGAGUACUGGGAGGAACAAAAGAAGAAACAUAUCAACAUUACUCGAUGAUGGCUAUUGGCUAUCUAUACAAAAAGAAAUAUUCAAAACAUCACUUGGUGUUUAAGAUUUACUUUUAAACAUAAUUCACAAUUUGAUCCAUCUGACAAUAUUCUCUCAAUGCCCCCAAAUUCCAGUAUAA